AUGGGCAAUGCGAUGGUGGCCAGGCUCGGACUGGGGCUGCUGCUUCUGGCGCUGCUCUUACCCACGCAGAUUUAUUCAAAUCAAACAACUGUCAGAACACUUUCAAGUAACUCCUCCCAGAGUACCUCAGCUGCCCCAAGUACAACUAAUGUCACCACCCCAGGAGGUGGUGCCCUGCAGUCUACAGCCAGCCUCCUCGUGAUCUCACUCUCCCUUUUACAUCUUUACUGCUAAGAGACUCAGGUCAAGAAACAUCUAUGCU